GUAUAAUCUGUGCAUAACCUAAAAUGUCAAUGUUUUGGAUGGCGUCGGUUUGUUCGCGAAUCUAUGUUUAAAUAAUUUGUAUACCUAUUUGCAAUUUUAUACACGCAUUCAUAAAAAAAUAACAAUACGUUAGUACUGUUGGUAUAAAAAAAAUAUUCUGUUACGAUCUAGGAUCGUAAUAUAUUUAUUGGAAUCUAGUGAAAGUGGUUUGUCUAAACUUAUCGGAUAAAGUUUUAUGAAAUGGUAAGAGGAUCUGGCAGAGGCCGCGGAAUGCCUGGUAGGGGUGGUAUGGGGCGUCCGCCCUUCAGCAGGCCGAGGGUUAUGAUGCUCAGGCCGCCAUUUGAUCUGAUUCUUGCGGAACCGGCGUUCCCGCGAUGCAAGCCCGCCCCUGAUGACACGGCUUUGACACAGGCAUUAUUAAAAAGACACGCGGAGCUCUGCCCCACGCCAGCGGAGCAGGCGGCCGUGCUCAGCCUGGUGACAAAAUUACAAACAGUAUUGGAUAAUAUUGUGGUUGCGCCUGGCGAUUUUGCUGCUUGUCAAUUAGAAGAGGUGCGACAAGUCGGUUCGUACAAGAAAGGCACCAUGAUGGCCGGUAAGAAUGUGGCUGAUAUAGUGGUCAUCAUGAAGACGCUACCUACCAAAGAGGCUGUUGAGGGACUGUCCAAUAAGGUGAACGAAGAACUAAACAAGCUCAUGCGUGCCGAAGGCCUAGGCAACGUAUCGAGCGUGUGCCACGAGCGCGGUUUCACAGUCACAGCAGCCGCGACGCCGGCCGCGAGCAGCGCGGUCCGCGUUCUGGUCACCACGCUGCACCAGAACCUUAGGAAGCUGGAGCCCGAGGUGCACUUGGACUACAAAGUGAUCAGCAGCCACUUGGCCGCCAUCAGGCAUAGUCGGUGGUUUGAAGAGAACGCCCAUCAUUCCUCGAUUAAGGUACUAAUCCGUCUGCUCCGUGACAUGUGCGCACGUCACUCGGGACUCGAACCCCUGACCCCGUGGAUGAUCGACCUGCUAGCGCACCACUGCAUCAUGAGCAACCCCCAGCGGCAGGUGUUGCCGAUUAACGUGGCUUUUAGACGUGCGCUAGCGCUGCUCGCGGGCGGGUUAUUCCUGCCCGGAUGCGCCGGGUUGCCGGACCCGUGUGAAGCUGCCCACGCGCGCGCGCACACCGCGCUCGACCUGCCCGCGCAGGACCACGCCGCGGCCACUGCGCAGACGUUACUACGCGUAGUGGCCCGUGGCGGUCACCGUUACGUGCUCGGUCUGCAAGCGUUCGAAGGCGGCAAGGAUAUAUCGACGGAGAUAACCGUGUGGGACGGUGUGGUGGUGUCGCCAUUGGCGCCCGCAUACCAGGAGACACCCGAGCCGAUGGACACGGAUGAUAAAGAUGAAGAAGUCCCAGACGGCGUGGCUGCUUAGUGUUUAAGAGAUUUGUGAUUUAAGAUCUUCAAUAAAUUUUUAUUUAACU